UUGAUGCGAGGGAAGGUUCCGCCCUCACGAUGACAGCCCGGAGGGAGAGCUUCCGGGUCAGCCCACGGGCGAACCGUGGCAGCUGAGAUGGAGCUGGAGAGGAUAGUCCUCCCUCCCCGGGGACCUUUAGAGUUGCCUCUCUCCAUUCUGGAGGUUGGAUGUGCUGGUCGUUUUGAGCUCAUCACCCAAGAGGGACCCACCAAAGAGGGAUUCCCGUUGACCACGUUGCCACAUGGGCUGCCCCCUUAUGCUGAGGAUCUGGCCUCGGAAUUGGAGCAGCAUUACCUCAGUAGCCCAGAAUGGCUUCCCAUCCAUGACUUUGAAAGAUCUCACAGGUUCUGGCCCCGAGAGAAAAACAUCCAGUCACUCUUUGCACUGGAGGUCACGCCUGUGCACUCCACCCUCCAGGCUGAGCGCAAUCCUACCACGGGGGAGCUGCUGGGUUUUAAAGAGGCACUUGUGGACAACAUGGGAUUAUCAGCCAAGAAUUCUCUUUCCUUCCAGCGAGCGCCUGGUCCUCCAUCCGAGUCUCUGCGAGGCAGUGCCACCAAUUAUCCCUUCUGGCCAGGUGGGAUAGAUGAGCCUAGCCUGGAACUGAUUAAGGCGCAGGAAGAUAAGGAAGAGGACAUUGAUUUUGAGAAAGAUUUGCUGACAGUGCCACCUGGAUGGAAGAAAGGGGUGGAGUUUGCCAAACAAGAGAUCAUGACCUCCCCAGGAUUGCUGAACUUGACCAAUUUGCUGGGGGCUCUGGACACCUUUGAACUGGAGGCCGCCAGUGAUGAAGAAGGCAAAGAGAAGACUGAGGAAAUGGAGAAGAGGAGGAAGAAAGGGAAGAGUAAGGGAGCAAAGGAAGAAGAGAUCCCCCCAGCAGAACCAGCACCAUUGCAGAGGGUGAACAGCUUGGAGGAACUGGUCCUUAAGGAGGUGACACCCAUCCCCAAAUCAGCCCCACAGGCUGCUCCUACCCCUGCUGCUGAGCCCCCUAAAGAACAGUGGGCUGUCCUGGUAGAUGUUAGUUCUCCUGUGGACGAUUUCUACAAGCUGAUUCCUGAUCCAGCUUUCAAG